UAAGACGGAAGUUUUUUUUCUUCACAUGUUUUAAACGUUGAGAGAUUGACAAAUCAAUGUGUAGCAUUAGCAUAAUUAUGCAAACUGUGCGUUUAAAUAUGGCUUACAGAAUAUGAGUAUGUAUUUUUUACGAUUUAAAACGUAGACGAUAAUGAUUAAAGGACAAAAUGGAUAUGCAAAAAUCAGUAAUUAAACGACUUUUAAUUUUCUCCAUUUUAAAUUUAUGUGUUAAUUAUACUCAAGGAAAGAGAUUUGUAAGCAACGGAACUAUUACUGGAACUAAGAUUUCUCCGUCAGGAGAAUUGUUUGUGACGCACGGAAAUACAGUUGUUUCCCUCUCGGCAAAUCUUUCUGUUAUAGACAAGGUUCAAAUAGGUAUGACUGAGGUUAAUAAAGUUACGGUACUGGAUUUAGUGACCUCAACGUCCGAAAAAACGACGUUGCUGUUGGCUUUAAAGUCAGGAAACGGGAACAUUUUUACUGUUUCAUCAUUUAAUAACAGUCUUAACGCAAACGUUGUGGAUGUUGACUUUAAAGAGUUUUCUGACAUAGCAUCGCAUUCGUUGGUAUUUCAAAUUGGAAAAGAUUCCUGGAAUGUGAUUUUUGCGAAAUCAGUGAACCUUCGCACAUCUCGUGGAUGGUCACGUCUCUUUGCCGUAUAUGAGAUAGGAAAAAAUGUAUCAUACAAUAUUCGUCUUCUUGAUAUCUACAAGUUGCAUUCAUCAUUCAAAUUUGAUAUUCUAUACGAGUUCAAGAAUGGAUCAAACGCAUACUUUAUUGUGAAAUACUAUACCGUACUAUACCCUCUAGAUUCGUACAUGUACUCAUUCAUCCGUUUAUCCCUCUCAGGGACUCUAGUAGAAUUACCGUUCCGAGUUACAAACGCAAACAUGUCAUUCGUUUGUGCAAACCUAUAUGACAAAAACAACACCGAUAAAACGUUACUUCUCCUGUACAAAGACGCUUCAAACCAUUCCAAUGAUUCCAUUCUUUACCAUGUUGCCAUCGGGAACUUAAACGAGGAGUUGGAUGAAGCUUUGCGGGGUUGCAUAGAAGAAGGGCGUGGGGCGUCACUCUAUUGGCUUAAUCGCCCUACCCCUACCAGCUGCGCUCCAGACACUGCAUGUCCUUGUUACGUCAUGAAAAAUUACAGCGGAAUUUCAUCGGCAAAAAUCCUCACUCUUGCCCCAGCUACCUAUCCCUUAUUUCUUGAAAGGGAUGUGCUUGCCAUGGUUGUAGGCGAGGAAAAUCAAAACACGGUCAUUUUCUUCUUGUUUGACUCAGGGGUCGUACGAAAGGUAAAAUACGGGUUGUUUCCGGACAUUCUGGCUACAAUUAAAGUGAAAGAUGCGGAAUCGGAAACAAGGCUGGACAUCACAAACGCUGCCCUGUGGCUUGCUGCAGAAGGACUGUAUGUCAGGUUUGGAAGACAGUUGAUCCUCAUGAACACAAACACGUGCAACAUGCACGGAGACGAUGCAAGCUGCUGGCGGGACACAAGUGCGUGUGUCUGGUGUUUGGAAUCAAGCUCAAACUCAUGCGUUGCUAUAGAGGACUGCAGUGGAGCACAUAUUCAAUACUUGGGGGAUCCCCCGAGCGCCUCAUCCGUUAUUCCUCAAACGUCCUCACUGGUGCCUGGCUCUGUGUUCCGCAUCCAUGGCGUUAAUUUGGACAUGGCCAAAACGAUUGCUAUCGAUGUGGCCGGUGAACAGUGCCAUGUUCAACGGGAGACAAUUAGUUCCAGUGAUUUCCUCUGUGUUUUACUGACUGGAGUUCAGACAACUAUAAAUACAAGUAUGAAUAUUGCCAUCGAUGAUGUAACCAAGACGGUCAUUUUAAAAGUAUCGCCACCAGCUUAUCUCAAACACAGAGUUAUUACUGCUAUUCCAAGUGGCGGAAUUCGAGUUACAAUACGUGGCAACAACCUUACUAGUUUAGGAAUGACCUAUAUCGUCUUUAAAACUGAAUCAGGAAAAAUUGUUUCUCGGAGAGGUGCCAUGUGUGAAACAAGCACGAGCACAAAUCUUCAUUGCGAUACACCCCAGUUGAUUGGUGGCAACGGUUUGAAAAACUCAACGGUCUACAUAUCUCUGGAAUAUGUCCUUUGUACAAAUUUGUCAUAUCUUGGUGAUAUCAAUGAAUCACAUGACGAAAACAGCCUUUAUGUACACAUAGCGGAAGACCCAGUUGUAUAUGGUUUUGAAGACCUUGGGCAGGUACAGAAUAUGUGCGAAGUACUGUGGAAUGAAGAUGCAGUCACAUUUGUACUCAAGGGAAAAGGACUACUGAAUGUCAAUAAAGAAGACAUCCGGGUAAAAGUGUAUAAAAUUGGUCAGGUGAACGUUUCCAAGGUAACGAAUGAGGAGUUGAACUGCUCAAUACACGCUGACGUGCUCUAUGACAAGCUACGACUCUUUUCUAUAAGACAAGAGGGCUGGAUGCAAGUCAUGGUUACAAUUGGAGACAAUCUAAUGUACCACCCUGGAUUCCUUCAUCUUAACCCAGUCGAACUAUUAGAAGCAAGCUCCACAAUUCCAACAGGAUCAAUCGGCUUAACCAAUUCAACAAAGCAGCUACCCAGUGUCGGCUCGGAAGGACACGGCUCAACAGUAAUUGCGGUCAUCAUGGUGGUGGUUGGUGUAGUUGUGAUAGGAUGUAUAAGUAUGUUCAUCUACAGAAAGGUUUCGAAUCGCUCCCACAGAAACAUAUUUAGAGGACGGUUGGAGAGGGACCGUCCCUCCAUUGUGAGAUACCGCGUGGAGCGGGUGCAUACAGAGGAUCCGAGCGCCCAGUAUAGUCACAGUCUCUCCAACAGAGAUAUUUCCUUAGACGACCGGCUUCUUUCUGACGCAUUGGAAGAUUCUACUGCUAACCUCAUUAAAAGGUUUGAAGAUGAAAGACUACUCAUCAAAAGGGAGCUAUUGUGUUUGGAAAACCUCAUUGGAAAAGGUCACUUUGGCUCAGUGUACAAGGGUUCGAUGAUCAUUGAUGAUAUAAAAAGAAAAGUCGCUGUUAAAACUCUAUGUGAGAGUGAACAGACGGAAAUGAACGUGCCGCAAUUCCUGAAGGAAGCCUACCUGAUGAGGAAUUUUGACCAUCCAAACGUCAUGUGUCUGCUGGCUAUUUGUUUGGAAAAUGAGGAAAUGCCUUUGAUUGUUCUGCCUUAUAUGGAACAUGGCGAUCUCUUGUCAUACCUACAUGAUGAAACUCACAUUCCAACCAUUAAGGACUUGGUCUCGUUCGCCCUUGACAUUGCUAAAGGUAUGGAGUAUCUAGCAGAGCUCAAGUUUGUACAUCGAGAUCUUGCCGCAAGAAAUUGUAUGUUAGGCGAAAAUUACCAAGUAAAAGUCGCGGACUUCGGGUUGUCACGUGACAUUUAUGAGAGCACUUACUACACCACACACGCAAAGGGCGCCCAACUACCGAUCAAGUGGAUGGCCAUAGAAAGUUUGUCCAGCGGCGUCUUCAACGAGAAGAGUGAUGUGUGGUCUUUUGGUGUAACGCUGUGGGAGUUGAUGACUCGAGGUGUCCGUCCGUACACCGUCGUAGACAACUGGGAUAUGGAAAAAUAUAUCAAGUCUGGUCGGCGACUACCACAACCCAGAUACUCGCCCUCACCUUUAUACCGACUCAUGCGGAGAUGCUGGCUAGAGACACCGGGCAAGAGACCGUCAUUCGCAGAUAUACGGCAGUGUAUCUCAGGCAUGUUAGAGCGCGUGCAGCUUCAGCUAGGAGCAGCUGAGUACGAGGCAGAUAUUGGGGCAGUGUAUGUGAACUUGAAUAUGGGGUCGCAGUAUGUAUACACUAAUCAGGAUAUAGAGGGCAGUGUUGAUCAGAUUGACUCUGCUGAAGCAGUUGACGACUCCGAGAGGUGUGAUAUGAAUGAAAUCGUUAACGAUCUAUCUGAAACAUAAAUGCAUAUGCUUUGUAGGACUAAGGAAUUUUACUGGCUCAAUUACUCUUGACUUGCCCACAUAGCACAAAAUGCUAAACUGAUCUAUUUACCCUAUACCUUUUCGGCUCAAGGCACUUCCGGAAGUAAUAAUCGACUGUCUCAGUCCGUUUCAUUAACUUUAUGUUGAUAUGACACUUUGCGGGAGAAUAAUAAUACGUAUGACUUUAUCACGCGAGACGGUCGACCUCAAGCCUAGAUUACGAAGCGCUUAAAGGUUUAAGCAUGUCUCAAAACUUAGCCAAAAACGUUUUACACAUAUAAAUAUAUAUUCGUUUUUGGUAUUGAUUUUCAUCAAAGUUAAAGUAAGUAUUCUUUACAGAAAAAUAUUUGUGACUUUUGUACCUUCCAAGAACUUCCAUGUUUUGUUUUUGUAAGCAUUAGCUCAUUGUAUUAGUUUGAAUACGUAUUCUUUACAGAAAACAUAUUUGUGAUUCCCUAUAUUGAAUGUAGUGUUAUCAUUUUCCUUUAUCUAUAAUAUAUAUUUUACUUGUUUAAUUUAGAUGUUCGCGAUAUAAACAAGUGCUUUUAUGAAAAUGUUCAUGUCCAUUGCAUGUGUUUUAUUUGUAUAUGCUGAAUGUAUUCUAUAAAAAAAAAUGUAUAUAUCCCCGGUUCCAGGAUUAUAGAUGCCACAUAAAGAUCAAAUUUAUUCAAUGCUGUUUGAAUGGUAAACCAUGUACGAAUAGUAAAUUUAAUGUAUAGAAAAAUUACUAGUGGUUACAAACACAUUCGUUCUCAUAAAUAAAACAUACUACAUACAUAAUAUGUCAAAAGAAAAUGAUGUUUUCAUAGCUUUAAUUUCAAAAGCACUGCAUCAAUUCAAAAUGAGUUUUAUAUUAGUUCGUACAAGUCCCGCGAACGGUUCGAAUUAUAAAAUCUAAGUCACAUGAGCAGAUUGUCAUGCUCAUUGUGUCACACCACAAUCAAUUCAUUACGAGAACGCAGCUCAACAACGAACUAAUAGGGAACAUGAUGGCAUUAAUUGCGAUUUAUUGUGAAAUCACAAUCAGUAUGGUCAUUACCUAUUAUGUUCUUGAUGAUGUGUUCUAUUGCUUGACGAGGAUGAGGUGAAGAUCAUUUUAAACCAUGCAUUGAGAUUGUGGGAAACCAUAAUGACACUAUCCUAUGGCUAAAUCUAAACAAGAACGUAUAUAGAAUCGAAAUUGUUCAUUUGUAGUGUAUAUAUUCGUUGUGAUGAUUCGCCUAUUCAUACUAUUGUAAAUGUUGCUUUCUUUGAUCUUGUACAGAAUGACAUUAAUGACUUUAUAGAUUUAGGAGCAGUUUAUUUAGUUGGAGAUUCGAACAGAAUUUUGUAUACUUUAAAACUGGUACUUACUAUGCAGAGCUGGAUGAAGCCCUGAUUUUUAAAUACCAAGAUACCUUAAAAAUAUAUGUAUUAAUUAUAGUAACAAGUUACUUGAUCUUUGUAAACAUACAGAUUUAGAAUUGCAAAAUGACAAAAAAAAUCUUACAAUGAUGUAAAGCGUAGAAACAUAUUUGCAAAUAGUAGAGGUGCUUCGGUUAUUGAUCUAUGUAAAUGUUUCGAUACAAUAUGAAUAUAGGCGCUGUUGCUAAGGAUGCUUAAUCAGAAAAUCAAGGGGAAGUUCUACUUAUUAUUAAAGAUAUUGCAGCAUAAAGAAAAGUCCUGUGUUAUAAAUUUUAAAAGCUAUAAUGACUAUUCUGAAAAUUCUACUUGACUGAGGUAAGAAGAAAUAAUGUAUUCUUUGAUAUUUUCCUUAUUUGUAGAAGACUGAGUGUUAUAUAAUAAGAUAUAUAAGAGUAUAAAACGUUGUAUAAUUAUUGAUGAAAUUGUACUUAGCUUUGUGUUGUUUGCAGAUUAUAUGGUUAUACUAUUUAAUAAUUGAGAUGCAUAACAGCCCAGUUAGGAUUUAUAACAUCAUUAUUAUGAAAGUUAGGGAGUAAGAGUUGAUACAGUAAAAAAUUAAAUCAUUUUUAAGGAAAAAAGCAUAGUGUUAGACAAAGACAAAUUGACAUAUAAUGGGCUUGAUAUUGAAAUUAUUUUACAUAAUAAGAAAUUGUGUUUAACUACACUUGGGACUUUAACCUAAGUUAAUAUAUCACUGGUAACAGUUUGAAGACCUUGAAUUUAUUGCUUAAUCAUUGUAAAACGUUUAAAUUUAAACCAACAAUGCUAUGUCAACAGUUCAAUGUUUUUGUUAGUUCUAUUGUAUAUAGCUCCUCGUAUGAUUUUUUUUUUUUGGGGGGGGGGGGGUACUUUAUAUAAACAUAUAUAAUACACUUGGAAUUAUGUUAACGUGUUCUGAAUGUACGGAUAGGUAUAAGUAUUGUUGGUAUUUAUAGUGAGUGUAUAAGAUAUAUAGUGUAAAUUGGAUAAGAACUAUAAAUUAUCAAAUUCAGAUAAUAUCAUAAUACAAAAUGAAUAUAAAUAAGCAGUAUAUUCUUGUAAAAAGGUGCUAAAAUGAGGUUUCUAAUCUAAAGAACUUGUUUAAUACAAAUUGUUAUGUAAAUGAAUGGUAUAAUCUACAUCAACAUUUUUAAUAAGCAUGUUUAACAUACUGAACAUACUGACCGAUAGUUUUGUAGAAGAGUGGCUAGCAAGUUUUAACACAAGAAAUGCUUUAUUUCGCUACAAAUUAGUUACGAGAGUUUUCAUAUGAAAACUUACUGAAUAUACUACAAGAAAGUCUUCAAACUUAUGAUAUUAGAUUACAAAUAUUUCUAAACUCUUUGUGUAUGCAUACAGGUAUAUAUGCAAGUUAUCGUAUUGCUUAAUGAAGAAUUAUAUUGUAAAUGUUGCAAUACGUGAGAUUUAGACGAUGACUAUUAGUCAAUAUUUAUUGAUGCAUGCUAUAGUUGUUUUAGAAAUAGUGAUGUGGUUAGACCUAGUAUGCUAAAAUUUAUAGAGCUAGUGAAGACUUAAAUGAAAUUACACUUAGAAAUCCAAGCCUUUAUUGUAAAUUUUCGAUACAACAUUUUUAAUAUGUAAAUAUUUUGUUAAAUAUUCAGAAAUGUAUAACAAUAUGUACAUAUGUUUUGUUUUAGAUUUAAUUGAUAACUGCUAUAGAGGCACUAUUUCCCAUUUACGUGUUCUAUUCAAAUGUACUUGCAACCCUGAAUAUUGAGCUUUUUCACGAAACAGCCGCGGUAAUCAAAAUAUAAAAAAUAAUCACAAACGAUCGCACGCGAAUAUUGCACAAAUUGUAGUUUAUAAUUAAUGUUGUAUUUACCAGUUUUAACAUAAUAAUAGGAUUCAAGAAAUACACAUCGACGAUUCGUGCAUGCACAUAAAAUUCCUUCAUUAUAUUUUGAAUUGUUCGAAAUGUUAACAGUUAACUUAUCUGAUUUUGCUGAACGCCUGUCUCGUGAGCGUUAUUUUAACCCCAUGUAUUAAGUGUCAUUUAGACAUAUUUUCACAUAGUUAUUCUAGAAAUAUGCACGCAAAUACUUGGAAGAAAAAAACAGCACUUUUUUUAUCAAAACACGUGUUUUUAAUAAAAGGCCGGAAGUAAACAUAAACAUGUGAUUCGAUAGUAAAAUCUGGUAUAGUUGCGGUUCAAGUAGUUUACUGAUAUAGAGAGGGGUUUUAAUCGAACUAAGUUCAAUAACGUCAUUAGAGAUAUAAGACAGUAUAAAAAAUAGUAGAAAACAUGCUACAUCAUCGUUACAUUGAAACUAUUUUGUUAUAUGUUUAUGGAAAAAGUAUUUCUUUCUUUUUUAAAUUACGCUAUAAUGUAUUGUUAAUACUUUGUAUUAUGUAAAUUAUGUAUAUUGAAGAUAUACUAUGUACAAGUCAAAAAUAAACACUUCUGUCUGCCUGUC